UCAUCAUCCGUUUGGGAUAUUCAGGAGUUCACCCAAGUUGAAGAUGGACAUUCCCACUGAUACUGUCAAGGAGCGUACAAGGCACACCAGAGCUUAUAAGAUUCCGGAUAUUGAUGUUUCGGGGUUGAUUGGUUUGAGUUCUCGGUUGGAAGGGGAGGUUCUUCGUGACUUCAAUCAUGAUUAUGGCAAUUUGCUCUCCAUCCUCAAGACAUCUUUCGAUCCAAUGGCUUUGAUCACCCUGUUUCAGUUCUAUGAUCCACAGUUGAGGUGUUUUACAUUUCAGGACUAUCAACUGGUGCCAACACUCGAGGAGUUUUCUUACAUACUCAACAUCCGAAUCACUGAUGAUGUACCUUUCAUUCGAGUUCCCGAGGUUGUGAGAUUUGAAAAAAUAGCUGAAGCUCUUCACAUGGGUAUAAAGGAGGUGGAAAGAAAUUGGAAGUCAUCGGGCGGUGUUUCUGGUUUCUAUCUUUGCUUUUUGAUCAGUAGGGCUGAGGAUGCGGCGAAGAAGGAGCAGUGGGUUGAUUUUAGUCGCUUGCUUGCUAUCAUGAUUUAUGGUAUUGUUUUAUUCCCUUCAAGAGGAAACUUUGUGAGUUUGGCGGCAAUUUGUGUCUUUAUGAACAAAAACCCCGUGCCAACGUUGCUUGCAGACGCUUAUUUUUCGAUCCAUUCGAGAAGUAAGAAGGGAGGAUAUGUUGUUGAUUCUUGUCUUCCGUUGUUGUAUCAGUGGUUCAUGUUGCAUUUGCCGGUGAGAGGACCUUUUGUGCUCAAGAAGAGUUCUCUUAAGUGGUCAGAUAGGAUUGUUAACCUCACAUCUUAUGACAUCAGGUGGAACUAUUGUGUGGGGAAGAUUUGGAACAUCAUCACUAGUUGCGGUCCAUAUCCCAACGUUCCUCUCAUGGGAACCAGAGGUUGCAUUAGUUACAAUCCCACACUCGCCUAUCGUCAAUUGGGAUAUGCAAUGGAAAGGGCUCAGAAUGAUGUAGAAGCAUUUGAAUCAGUGUACUUUGCUGUUGGUAAAGAUCCUCUGGAGCUAGAAAAGAUAGCGUAUGCUUGGACCAAAGUUCACAAGAGAGAUCAGAAUACUUUGAGCAAGAAAGUUCCUAUUGCUAUGGGUCCUUACCGCAAGUGGGUUGAAGCAAGAGUGGCAAGUCUGUUGUUGCCAUUUGCUAGGUCAUGUCCAUUGUAUGAGCAACCUCCCGUGGUUUUAUCUGAUACCGUUGCGGCUGAACUCUAUAUUCAAACUGAAGCGGACAACAUCAAACUAAGAGCAAAGGACAAUGAGGUUGGCUUGGAGAGGUAUUUUCAAGAUCGCGAAAAGGCGGAAUUGGCUCGUAAGCUCAAGCAUGCGCAAGGUGAAGGUUCAAGCAUGACACGUGCCCAAAGGCGAUCUCAUGAAAGCUUGUACCAAAAACAGCAGGAAUGUGCGAAGUUGCGAAGGUCCGAAAGCAAUAGCAAGAGAAGGAUGCAGGAUUCAGAACAACAGUUGAUGGAAGAGAAAGCCAAGACAGCUAGACUUGAAGAAGAGCUUGCAAGCUUCCGGUCCCAGCGGAGAGAAGAUGGAGGAGCUCAUUCUGUUGUCAGACGAUCCUAG